ACCAGCGUGCUUUGUUCUCACGAUUUGAGGAUUGGAUCCUAGCUUAACUGUGAUUUGGUGGUUUUGAAUAUUGUAUGCUCGCCACAGUGAAGUUCUUUCCCCGAUCAUAUGCCGCCACUACUUGGAGAAGCCAUGGGCGACCUCAGUGACGAUGACUAUGUGGCACGACUACUUGCGAGCGAGGCACGGGAGAACUCGUUGAAAUACUCAUCUCGGGGGUUGGAGGCAUAUAUGCCGCAGAGGCCGACAGGCAGUGCACCCAAGCCGAACACACGAUUUCUACGACACAUCAUCAAAGAAACCGACAGUCAUAAUGCAGCAUUAAAACGCAAGGAGGAGCGGGAAGCGCGGGAACGGAUGCGCCAGUUACGAGGCCAGAUGUCAGGGCGUAGAGAGAGGGAGCACUCUAAAGAGCCAGAGUCGAAACGAAGAGAGAGAAGAGAACCGAGAGAUCGCGAGGAUAAAGAUCGCUCACGUCGGAGAAGAGAAAGAAGUCGGUCGGCGUCGCCUGGUAGAGAUCGAUCACGGAGGCAUCGCCAAAGGCAGGAGACCACAGAUGAUACGGACGAUAGGCAAACUGUCUCCAGACGACGGCGGCGAGAGAGCCGAGAACCAGAUCGAAGACGCCCAUACUCUCGAUCACGUAGUCGCUCUCCUCGCCGUGAACGACGGUCGGAUACAACCAGCUCUCAGCAUCGACGGCAUAAGCGAUCUUCUCGUCGGUCUGCGACACCACGUCGAUCUCGCUCACGGUCACCGAGAACCAGAGAGGAAGAACGUCGAAAGUACAAAAGCGACAAGAGUACUACUAAACCGGGCUAUAGUUCGAGAGAAACUACGCCACGGAAGACGGGUGUAUUAGAUUCCACCCACAGGGACGACGACGCAGAAGACGAGUCAGAUCCUCUCGAGGAUCUCGUCGGCCCACUGCCACCGAGAAGAGACGGCCGCGACGAUGCGCCGAUACGAUCUCGGGGGCGUGGAGCGUAUAAGUCCGCCACGAGCAACAUUGACGCGCAUUUUGCGCCUGAUUACGAUCCCUCGCUAGACGUUCAAGUGGAAGACGACGGGUUAGCUGCUACGAACCAGUCUACCCGACGCCCUGUUGCUGGCUUAAUGACGAAGGAUGACGACUGGGAACUAGCUCUCGAGGCACUUCGUGACCGCGCCAAAUGGAGACAGAAGGGCGAGGAACGACUACGUGAUGCAGGUUUCCAUGACUCCAUCGUGGAACGGUGGAAGAGCAACGAGGCACCGGCGGGCGCUGAAGGCAGGCUCGAAGACGUCAAGUGGUCGAAGAGGGGCGAGAGUCGGGAAUGGGAUCGCGGAAAGGUCGUCGAUGAAGCAGGCGAUAUUGACGUGAAAGCGCCUUGGUAGGCCGAUACCGAUGUUAUAUAUGGCUAUAGUAGAUACUAUCUGCAAACACUGAUCUUGGCUUCAAUAUAUAUCCUGGUGGAAGCACAUUAAACUACAUAUAACUCGAGUGAAAAGUUCUAGCAUUGCAUCUC